AUGGCGCCCGCGAUCGAGGUGACGACCACGGUGUGGGGGAUGGAGUACUCGGCGCACGAGUGCCCGAAGCGACACAAGGCGGAGGCGGAGGCGAUGUUCCCGGGCGUUGGAGCUGAUGGCCUGCUCGUGGUGCCGACGUGUCAGCGAACGAAGAUGGAUCUGGUGCGAACGGGAGACGAGGUGGACGUGGAGAAGGAUUUUUGCCUCGAACGGUUCAUCGACUUCGCGAAGAGGGUGACGGAUGAACUCAAGAAGCGCGGACGCUGGUGCGAUUACAUCGACCCGUGCAGCGGAUUAUCGAUGAUCAAUCGCGAGUCCCAACACAUCUACGGCGAGGUCGACGCGUUGGUAACGCUGUUAAAUUAUCAAACCACCAACUCCGGGUGCUGCAAGGUGGUUCUGCACCCGAAGUGGGGGAGCGCGGUGUACCCGGCGUCGCUCUUCGCCAAGUGUUCGAAGGACGAACUCGCCGAGGCGAUCGCGAUCGCCGAGCGAGACAUUCGCGCGAGCGAUCCGAACGCGUGA